AUGUGUCGCCUCCAGAGACAUCUUUUCGUUCCAUCUCUACAUCUGAUUCUGUUUCUGUUUCUCGACCUUGUCGACAAAAUGCUACUCAAGCGCCCUGUUUCUCUCAUUUUGGCGACAGCUACACUCUACGGACAAUGUACCGCCACGUCUAAUAAAUCACCUGCCCUCGUCCAACGGGUCUCACCACUAGAAGGAGGCGUACUCGAAAAGAGAGACACAUGCUCGGAUGGGUCUCGAUCAGGGAGGGGUGGUUGCACUGGCGAAGCAACCCGGAUUACUAUCCACACGCCAUAUAUCACGGUUGCCGAGACCACUGGCAGUGUGACUGUCCCAGCCAUUACGACGUCUGAGCCAGAGAUUAUAACUUCGAGCUCGUCAAGUGCAUCACGGACAGCUGUGUCUUCAAGUGAGACUGGGCUUACCACUUCAUCUGACAUGUCCGUAUCUACAUCAUCUACCUCAUCAACCUCUGCUUCUUCUUCUACCACCAACCCAUCAAGCUCAUCUGCAUCAGCGACAUCCAUCUCCAGGAACACUGAAACCGCAAGCACGAGUGCCAUUCAGACUUUGUCCGCGAAUAGCGCUCCCGAGAUGACUACUCUUGAUACGAGCUGGCUUGUUGCACUGGGGGCAUUGUUAUUCUACUGA